AUGGAAUUCGAUGCUCUUUUUCCUGAAAUCAACCCGGUUCCUUCUGUUCCUAUUAUUUCUCCUGCCUCUUUGGCCGCAAACCACCAAAAACAACCACCUGUGAAAUCUUUUGCACAAGUUCUGAGAGGAGUCUGCGAUAUCCCUGUUUCACAGUUGCCUCAUCCGAUCAUCAAAGGUGAUAGACCUUCUAUUACCAUUCCUGAAGAUGAAUAUAAAGCCGGUCUUGACGAAUGUAAGAACAACCUUCAUGGUAGAGUCUUAUGGCCAAAGGGUUCUACUCCGCUCACGGUUGCUGCUAUGCGCAAGAAGCUCUCUUCUCUCUGGCCCAAUCUGAAAAACUGGGGAGUUCUUUCUCUGGGCAAGGGAUAUUAUGAAUUUACUUUUGCUAACACUGAGGAUAUGCGUAAUGUUAGAGCGUCGGGAUCUAUCAGCUUAAGUCCAGGUACUUUAAAGCUUUUUGCUUGGACUAGAGACUUUAACCCAGCCUCACAAAAUAAUACCACUGCUCAAGUUUGGGUUAGGUUCUUCGGAUUGUCUCAAGAAUACUGGCGUCCCCGGAUUCUUUUUGCCAUAGCGAGUUGUGUCGGAACCCCCAUAUGUAUUGAUGCGGCUUCCGCGAAACCAAGGAUGGAUCGUACGUUUGGGCAUUUUGUUAGAGUUCUUAUCGAUAUGGACUUAUCUUCACCUCUGAAUCAUAAUGUUUUAGUGGAGAGGGAAGGUUUUGCUUUCUUUGCUGAUAUAGAGUAUGAAAAUCUUCCUGAGUUUUGUAGCCAUUGUAAGAAACAGGGCCAUUCUGUACAUGAUUGCAAGCUGCUGCGAAAACACGAUAAUAACUCUACUUCAAAAACUCAUGAUCCUCUGCCGAAGCUGGUUUCGAAGCCUUCUACUGUUGUAGCCCACUCUGAUGAGAAUACUGAUCCUGCUGGGGAAAAAGUCGAUGAUCCAAAUACUCUUGUUAAUAACAUAGAAACAGAUGUUGGUCUGGUGGAUGUCACAGUUUUAGAUGCUGAAGUUGAGGGCAGAAUCCUCUCCCCUGUCCUUGAACCUGUUAAUGAUAAUCCUAAUAACAAUGUGGUGGUUUGUAGCUCUCUUAAUUAUCUUGCUCAUCCCCCCGAUGAUACUAACUCUCCUGAAUCCGAAUUUGUCGAGGCCACUCAAGCUUUAGGUGCUCCUCUCAAUGAAGUUUUUUUGCAGAAUUCAUGGGACAAUCUUGCUGAGUUACCCGAUGGUGCUUUCUCUACUGCAGUAGCUAAUCUCCAGCAGAAACAUGGUACGAGGUCAAAGAAGAAACACUCCACUAGGUCUCAAGCAGGACCAAAGAAAACGUCUCUAUGA